AUGGAGAAGACACGGAAGAACAGAACAUCCUCGUCCACAACACCCAGGAAAGAUCACCUCAAGAAUCCCUCCCAUCCAUACACCUUUGAACACCUUCACAACGCGUACAUCACCUCUCUGUCCCACGGCAGCGAUAUGCCCCUCCCGUCCAAGAAGAGAAAGUCCGCAGCCGGCGACGACAGCGACCUGGAUGUAUCCACCACCAAACGUGGGAAAGGUGCCUCAGGGAGUGCUUUCGUCCCAUCCUCCAAGCCACAAGUGGAUUCAGAUGGAAAUACAUACUGGGAGAUCUCCAAGGCGAGGCGGGUCACCCUCUCCGAGUUCAAGGGCAAGAAGCUGGUCAACAUCAGAGAGUAUUAUGAGAAGGACAACCAGUGGCUGCCAGGAAAGAAGGGCAUCUCAAUGAGCAUUGAACAAUAUUCAGCUCUCAUUGAAAUCAUGCCUCAAAUCGAAAACGUGCUCAAGUCACAAGGCGAAAAGAUACCUCGACCAGACUACGACGGAAACGCACCUGCUGGAGAUGACGAAAGCGACGAAGAAGGCGCAGACGGAGAUGAAGAGAUGGACAGAAAACCUAAUAUUGAGGCCACGAGUGAUGAAGAUGAGUGAGGCGAUCACCUGAUACCACACGACUGCGCCCACACAUCUUAAGACGAGAAUCGACCGGUCCAUGACGGGCUUCAGUGAUCAAGUACAGUCCAUGGGACCGCCGGACGAUUAAGCACAUCAACAUUUUACAUGAACGAGGUUUAUGGCAUCGACAGUAGCUUUCUGGCCUCGGCAAUCAAAGCUCUCAAGAGCUGGAUUCCCAUUCCGCAAGCCGGGAAGCAAGGCUUCCCUUUUUCCAAUGCUUCUCAUAGUCCUCUUUCAGCUGGACUUGGGACUCUUCGCCCGGCUUGCCAUAACCGCCGCCGCCAGGUGUCAUCUAGGGAGAAGAAUCAGUCAGCGCUGUGCCCUUAAUCUCCGUGGCGGAUCGGUACAAAUGAGACUUACCACAAUGAUCCUCUCGCCAGGCUGCAUGCUAGCAGUGUUUUUGGCUCCGAGGUUGAUAUACCU